AUGCGACCCUUGUCUCAUCUUUCUUUUUUCAACGGGCUCCUGCUCGGCCUGUCCGCUCUCUCGGCUGCGACUUCAGUUGUCCACGAGAGACGUGAAGCUACAUCCUCAAACUGGGUUAAGCGGGCGCGUGUGAACCCAUCGGACAAACAUGUCGUCCGCAUUGGCUUAACCCAGAGUAGUCUCGAGGAGGCUCAUGAUUUACUCAUGGAUGUCUCAAAUCCGAGCUCUCCCAAUUAUGCCAGGUUUUACUCGGCAGAUGAAGUCGCUGCAAAAUUCGCGCCGUCGACAGAAACAGUCAACGAGGUUCAGAACUGGCUCACCGAGAAGGGAAUUAAUGCCAGCCGUGUCGCGCAGACGCAGAACCACGGCUGGCUUGUAUUCCACGCCACGUCGAAGGAGAUCGAGAAUUUGUUCGACACUACGUACUAUGAGUACCAUAAUAGGAAAACUGGCAAGAAAGCAAUUGCUUGCGAACAGUACCAUGUCCCGGCUUCAGUCCAAAAGCAUAUCGACUAUGUGCAUCCUGGUGUCAAUCUGAACCCAUCCUCGGGCAAACCCUCCAGUAUCCGUAGAAGGGCAGCUGCGAGCAAGAAGACGAAGCUCCCUGCUCGUGGACCACGGCCUAUUCAGCAACACGAUGUCAAAGGCCUCAACGUCACUAACUGUGAUCAGCUAAUCACACCAGAAUGCAUUCGGGCAUUGUAUAAGAUUCCCUCAGCGCGUGCGGCGCCUCACCCCAAUAACUCGUUGGGAAUUUUCGAGGAAGGGGACUACUAUGCGCAGGAGGACCUCGACCUUUUCUUCAAGACAUUUGCCAAGGAUAUUCCUCAAGGCACCCACCCAAUCCCCGCCUUCAUCGACGGUGCGGAGGCUCCAGUCCCCGUGACUAAGGCGGGUGGGGAGUCAGAUCUCGAUUUCGAACUGGCAUAUCCAAUCGUGCAUCCUCAGAGCAUCACAUUGUACCAGACUGAUGAUGCAAACUGGGCCAGCAAUACCACGGGAUUCCUCAACACUUUCUUGGACGCACUUGAUGGCUCUUACUGCACCUACUGCGCGUAUGGUGAAUGUGGCAACGACCCUUCUCUGGAUCCCGUUUAUCCUGAUGACGCUGGCUACGAUGGACAGCUCAUGUGUGGCGUGUUUAAGCCCACUAAUGUUAUCAGUGUAUCAUACGGCGAACAGGAGAAUGACCUUCCCGCAAAUUACCAACAGAGACAAUGCAUGGAGUUCCUGAAGCUUGGUUUGCAGGGAGUCUCGGUACUCUUUGCUUCUGGUGAUAACGGUGUUGCAGGACCCCCAGGAGAUGGUAACAGCGUUAAUGGCUGCCUGAACAAUGGGACAGUGUUCAGCCCUGCAUUCCCUAACAGCUGCCCAUACAUCACCAACGUCGGCGCCACCAAGGUCUACCCGGGAUACACCGUUUCCCAGCCCGAGAGUGCCGUAUACGAUCCAGAUGGUUUGUACAGUUAUGCUUCGGGUGGUGGCUUCAGCAACAUCUACCCCAUCCCCGAUUACCAGGCGGAAGCCGUUGCCACAUACUUCAAGGACCACAACCCUCCCUAUCCAUACUACGAAGGUGCCGAAAACCUCGGCAAGAACGGCGGUCUUUACAAUCGCUUGGGGCGAGGCUAUCCAGAUGUCGCCGCUAAUGGCGACAACAUUGCCGUCUUCAAUGGCGGCGAGUUCGGUUCGUCCGGUGGAACAAGUGCUAGUACCCCGAUCUUUGCUUCCAUCAUCAACCGCAUUAUCGACGAGCGUCUAGCCGUCGGAAAGGGUCCCGUGGGUUUUAUCAACCCAGUUCUCUACAAGAAUCCCUCCGUCCUGAAUGAUAUCACCAAUGGUACAAAUCCCGGCUGUGGAACGGACGGUUUCUCAACUGCUCCUGGAUGGGACCCCGCCACUGGUUUGGGAACACCGAACUAUCCUAAGAUGUUGAAGUUGUGGCUUGAUCUGCCUUAG